AUGAUUGCGAUUGUCGUGAUUGGAGUGGUGGAUGUAGGAGAAAUGGUGAGAAAUGGCUCGAUGAUAAUACUUGGAUGUAUAGUUGUGAUGGAAAGGAUGGGUAGCGAUCGAUCCGAGAAGAUGUUAAUUCAGGCUGGUGAUAAUAAAACUGUUGAUGAUUUUUGGUUUAGCUGUAGCUACGAUACAUUCAGGCUUAAAUAUGAGGAAGAACCUCGAUGUAUAGUAAACGAUACACAGUAUCAUGUGGGUGAAUUAUUCAGACAGGAUUAUUUUCAGUGGCUUUGCCUGGAAAGUGGUCGGUGGAUUACAGGUUGUUAUUAUCAGAAUGAAACGAAACAUUGGAUUCUAUUGAAAAUUGGCCAAACUGGCUACAAUGGGCUGGUGAAACACGUUUGUGAUCGUUAUGAUGACUAUCCGGGAAGAGUACAGUACUAUGCUGAAGUGCGAAAGGAUGUACCUGUGAAGCAUCCCUCAAAUAAAGGUAAAAAUCAAAAUUUACCGGAGCUAAUCGAUAAUCGUUUGAAAGAAGCACCAAUUCGAUGGCUUCAUGCAAAUGCAGCUAAUUUUAUAGUUAAUAAUGAAGCCUUCAGAUUAAAGAUUCGUUAUCUAAGCGAUUCAAAACAAAUAUAG